AUGUCAUCCUCAAAUUCUCCUUGCGCUGCGUGUAAAUUCUUACGUCGGAAAUGCACUCAAGAAUGCGUGUUUGCCCCGUAUUUCCCGCCGGAUCAGCCUGUGAAAUUCGCGAAUGUACACAAAGUCUUCGGAGCAAGCAAUGUCGCUAAAAUCCUCAACGAGCUCAACGCUAGCCAAAGAGAAGACGCCGUGAAUUCAUUAGCAUAUGAGGCGGAGGCGCGUCUCCGGGAUCCUGUUUACGGUUGCGUCGGAUUAAUCUCCAUCCUCCAGACACGAUUGAAACAAGUCCAGACCGAUUUACUAAUCGCGAAACAGGAAUUGUGUACUUAUAUCGGUGGUCAGUCUCCGGCGAUGCUGCCGUGUUUAAACCCAGGGUUUAUACAACAAUAUCAGAAUAUGCUACCGUCGCCGGCGACGGUGGCGGCGAUGGGGUCGGGAGGACCUGGUAUGCAUCCUAACCUUCAGCAGAUGUUGACGCUUCAAGGUCCAGGAAAUCUCCGAGAUGCUCAUCAUCAACAACAACAAUUAUAUGAAGCUCAUCAACGUCAAAUGGUUGAAGCUGCUGCUAGAGAACAGGAGAUGUUAAGAAAUUUAGAGCAUCAACAACGUGUACAACAACAACAAUUACAACAGCAACAUCAAUCGGCGGAUUUGAUGAGGUUUAACUCCGGUUUUGAUGCCGCCGGACCUUCCGGACAACCGCCGGUGAAUCCGAACGGAUCCAGCAACAGCACCACCGGCAGCCGCAGCCGGAGCAUGAACAGCAUCAUCAACUACAGCACCAGAACCACCAACAACCACCGCAUGAACACCAUCAACAACUACAGCUCCUCCCUCAUCACGUCAUGCUUCAACAGCAACCUCAGCCACAGUCACAGCCACCGCAGCAACCAGCGGCGCAACCACAUCAUGGAGACGGGAGCGAGGAGGGUGGUCCGUCGUGCUGACGUGGAAAAUCAGAUAUUUUUUCAUUCAAUAGUACGCCAGCAAUCAUUCUUGUUCUCUCACACGGGAUUAUAAACGUACAAAGUCAAAGGAGAGGGUUUGACCGAGAUAGUAUUUUUUUUUUUUCUGCAAUUUAGUAUUUUAGGUGAUUUGGACAUAAAGAUUUUGACUGCAUCAUGGGGAUUUUAAAAGGGUAGCGUAUUGAGUAGAAAUUCUGAA